GAAGGAAGCCGGGGCCGCUGCCUCCGCCCGCUGGCUAUGCUCCUGCGACCGCUGCGGGGCUGGGCCGCCCGGGUACUGCGCAGCGCUGGGUCUGGGGGCGCCGGGACCCCCGCCUCGGGCGUCUGGCCGCGGGGGGCGCAGCGACGCGCCUGGCCUCCGGAUAGAGAAAAUGAAAAAGAGAAAAAAUCAGUGGUCUGUGUGGAGGGCAAUAUUGCAAGUGGGAAGACCACAUGCCUGGAGUUCUUCUCCAACACGACAGACAUCGAGGUGUUAAUGGAGCCCGUGUCCAAGUGGAGAAAUGUCCGUGGCCAUAAUCCCCUGGGUCUGAUGUACCAAGAUGCCUGUCGAUGGGGUCUCACACUGCAGACAUACGUGCAGCUUACCAUGUUGGACCGGCACACUUGUCCUCAGAUGAUGCCUGUUCGACUGAUGGAGAGGUCACUUCACAGUGCAAGAUACAUUUUUGUGGAAAACCUCUAUCGAAGUGGGAAGAUGCCCGAAGUGGACUAUGUGAUUCUCUCUGAAUGGUUUGACUGGAUCGUGAGGAACAUUGAUGUGUCCGUUGAUCUGAUAGUUUAUCUCCGGACCACUCCUGAGACCUGUUAUGAGAGAUUAAAGAAGAGGUGCAGGCAAGAGGAGAAGGUCAUUCCGCUGGAGUACCUGGGUGCUCUUCACCAGCUUUAUGAGGAGUGGCUUAUCACAGGAAGCCUUUUCCCUGCCGCCGCCCCUGUUUUGGUGAUUGAGGCUGACCACAACAUGGAGAAAAUGCUAGAACUCUUCGAACAAAAUCGGGCCCGGAUAUUAACUCCAGAGACUUGGAAGCAUGGCCCAUAGGUGGAAACGUCUGUAGGAUCUCGUCAGGAAAAAUUCUUACUGUAACCAAGUUAGCCGUUAGGAGCAGUUUGGAAAAAUCUACUCUCAGGAGGGCCUUUUAUCUGGCCAGAUUUAUUUUCCUAAUGGUCUUUUCUCCCUGGCCAGUGUCUUCAUCAUGGGUCAAUGAGAAGUUGGACCAGUGGUUUGUUUUUGUCGCCUCACAUCUCUCCUGAAGCCCUCAGGAUGGCACUUGCUGUGUGCUGGGUGUCUUCCUGGGCUCUGUACAUUCAGACCACCAGGAGAGUGAGGUAGCAGCCUUAUAUCCCAACCAAGGAAUCUGACGCUGAGAGGUUAAGGGGCUUCCCAGGAUCACGCAGCCAACGUGCAUUAGAGUUGGCGCCAUGCAGAUUUUUAGCCUAGGCCGCUUUGUCCUAAGGCCUGUCCCCCAGAGUCUGCCUUUCCUUGCCACAGACCCUUGCGACUUUGUGGGGAGAGCUGGCAGUGAGUGGAGCUGACCUCGUCUUGUUUGAGUAGUUCUCAAGGACCAUCAGCAGUUCUUUACAACACUGCAUUUUUUUACUUGAGCCCAGUGUUUGGUGGUUUCCCAGCAUGAGGCUGUGACCCCUCAAUCCCCUUGUCAUCUGGACUUCCAUGACCACAGAAGAAUCACGUGUCAUCUCAUGAUCAGUGCUCAGUCUCCUCUCUGAACCGCUGCCAGUUCCAUUUAGGGAAAUAGCAUUGGGGGCCUGGCCACUUUGCCCUGUUCCAAGCUGGGGCCAGCCCUGGCUUCAAGGCUCUGUCACUCCCUCUUGUCCUUGUUGCCCUGGGAAUUACUGACCAUUUGUGGUCCAGGGAGAGAGAGAGAAGUUGCCUUAAGUCUUUUUUCUUUUUUUUUUAAAUUAGUUAUACAUGACAGUAGAAUGCACUUAUAUACUUUGAUGUAUCAUACAUAGAUGGGAUAUAAUUUCUCAUUUUGGCCUUAAGUCUUUUUGACUUAAGAAGAGUAUGAAACCAUCUCCAUUGGUUCAGAAAACAACUUGGCCCAGCUAUGGCCAUGCACUGAAGGCACAGCUGCCUCCUGAACUGAGUGGGAAGCAAGAGAAAGGAAGAACAUUCCCUUUGGGGCCAGUCUGGACUGGAAAAUCAGGGUUAGUGGACAAAGGCUCCUGACAUCUGGGAGGUGGUCAGAGAGCACUGAGGAGACUGAAUGCAAACAGGGGAAGGAUUUUUGGGAGCUCAGGAGAAGCACAGCAGCUGUUGGCCUGUGCCCCACCCCCAUGAUGGACACCUGGGCAAGCCUGUUUGCCUCUCAACAGGUGCCAGGUGCUCCUGGUGGUCCACGCACAGAGUGCCAAGGGGUCAAGGACACCAGUGUCUGGCCCUUCCUGUUUGGACCAAUUCUUGGGUUUUAUCAGCAGGAUAAAUGACAGCAGCCAAGGUGGGCAGUGUCCAUCAGCUCCUGUAGUCUAAAUGCUGGUGAUUAACCAGGAAACUAGGGAAGGCAGGAACCUUAGCUACCAGGGAUCCUGACAGGUUGGGGCUGUCUUUGGGAAUUUGUAAAUGAAUAGUCCACUGUUUUCCCUUCAGCUCAAUUUGAGCACCUGUUUUUGGAAGAAAUGUGAUUUUUCUCUUGCUACAUGGUAACCAAUAAAUCCUUGACUUAGACCCUGA